GGCACGCACGCCAAGUCCAGCCGCCGCCUAUUGCAUAAUACUCUGCCGUGGCGUGGUCGCUGCCGCCAAGAGAACGAGCCGUGGCACGCGACAGGUGGUGGCGCGUCGCCGUCGCGCAUUUCGUUGAUUCAUUCGCUCGGCGUGUCCAGACGUGCGCGGUGCUCUGCUGUCCACAGACCGGCCACUCUCGUCGUCGUCCGAAUAGCAAUAAAUCGUACGUGUUGGUAUUUCGUCGCCGUCGUAUAUAGUUUCGUGUUUUGUUUGUUUUUUGCAAGACAUCCACACUCGAGCCCAUAACGGCGGUCGUCCGAUACAUCAAACGCCUUUGCGUUUUUCUCUGAUAUUUUCUAAUUUCCGCCAUGCGAAAUCCGCCGCCGCCGAUAGUGUUUUAAUAUUAUUAUUUUUGUUCGCACGCCCGCGAGACGACCGGAAACGAUAUCGUAAUAAUAUCAUCAUGAUCAGUUCGUUUCAGAACCUAAGCGGCCCGGCCACCGCGGCCGCGUACAACCCGAUGGCGUACAGCCACCACGCCGGCCACGGCCAACAGCUUCAUUCCGUGUACGGCGCCGUGGCCGCGGCCGCGCACCACGCCGCCUACAACGCGGGCCAGCAGCCGGUGCCUUACCAUCCGGCGGAUUACGGGUCGCCGGUGCCGCCGCCACAGCCACCACAGUCGCACAGGUACUACGAAACGCCCAACAGGCAGAUGACCACGCCGGAACCGCCGAACCGCAAGAAACCCGUUCCGCAACAGCCGCCCGUCCAGUUCACCAGAGUCCAAAGCGGAGUGCCCGGCGGUAAGACUUCGUUGCACGCAGUACUAGACUACGACGAGGAAGAAGAGGAAUCAUUAGAUUACUACGAUGAAACGUACAGUCACAGCGGAGUGACGCCAAUUCAGGGUCCUAUAUUUUUAAGAAACGGUUCCGUGCCGGUUGUACCGUUGUAUGGUUACCAAAAAGUGAGCAACGGAUCUCUACUGCAGAUACCGGUAUUUUGGACUGCUCUUUCAUUUGCCUUAGGAUAUGAAAUUGGUGGAGAUGUGAUUCGCGGAACUCCGUGUAUUAAACGAAACCAUCAAUUGUUUUGUCCGACAGCAGGAAAAAGUUACCCAGUAGACCGAAUCGAUAGAUUUAUUGAUGAAAAUAAGGCACUUAUGAAACGAAUGUAUGGCGAUUUCGAAAUGAUGGAGAACGGCCCGUUCCCCAAGGCAAAAAGAUCAACAGCUCGGAAAAGAAGACAAGACUCUAGUUUUUCGAAUAAUCAAUCGAAACCGAAUAAGCUGCCGACCAGAGGUCAGCCUGCAGAUUCUGGAAGGAUAGACUCUUGUGAAUCUAAAGUAGAAGUGGUCACUCCGUAUUGGGCUUCAAACAGCGUGGGUAAGACCAGAGCGAUUGUUAACACGGAACACUUUGAACAAGCUAUUCACCAAGAAGUCUGCACAAAGACGCUGACGGGACGCUGUUCUGGGGACUGUGGAUGCGAACAAAAGUAUAAAUGGCAUAGAUUGUUAGCGUAUGAUCCUGAUAACGAUUGUAAAGGGAUAUUUAUGGAUUGGUUUUUGUUCCCGUCUUGCUGCGUGUGCCGAUGCGAUUCAACAACCCCGAACAGUGUGUAGCGAAUAUCGUCAUUAUUCGCGCAUGUCAACUUUGUACUUAUUAUUAUAUAUUAUAUACAUAUCACAUAUAGAUAUAUAUUUAUUAUCCUUUAGUAUAACAGUUUAGGAAUAAUACCUACGCUUAUAUUAUAACGUUUCGUAUACAUAUAUUUAUAUAUUAUUAUUCAGUGCCUUUAUUUAAUAUAAUAUGCUUAACUACGUACGUUUAUGAAAUUGUCAUAAUAUAUACGCGUGUACAAGAUAUUUUUGUUUGGUCUUGGAAUAGUAAUCCUCUUACGAGUAAUAAAUUAUUAAGUUUAAAUGUAUAAUAUUUUAUUAGUAUCUACUACCUAUAGGUAUAUUAUAUUAUUAUAGUAUAUUAUGUUGUUAACUCGUGAAAUGUCAUUUUUACUGCAGAAUCCGUGCAUUUUUAUUUCUUAAUAACGGUUGUAUAAACAUGAAUUAUUAAUAUGAUUAAUUUAUACAUGUUAGAAAGGUACCUACUUUUAUAUUUCUUUAUAUCUACAAAAUACGCAGUAUAAAUACGUGUUUUAAAUCGUACAAUUUUAAAUACUAAGGAAUGUUUUUAUUAAAAAGAAUAUCGAACGAAAUUCUAAUUAAAUGUUUUUAAAAAUUAACUAUGCGUACUUAAAGAUGUUGAUAUCUGUAUAAAAAUAAUUUAAUAUUAUAAUCAUUUGAUUAUGCAAAAAAUACAUAUAUAUAUAUAUAUAUAUUACUUAAACUAUUA